GACUUUCUCAUUUACUACUACUACUACAACCACCACCACCACCACCAUUCUAGCUCAAAAAUCCAUAUUCAAUAUCGUAUUCCGGCCGGAAAAAAGAUGGCAACCGUCACCACGCAAGCCUCAGCCGCUAUUUUCCGGCCAUGCGCUUUAAGAUCAAGAUUCCUCUCUGGUUCUUCUGGUAAAUUAAAUAGACAAGUGUCCAUUAGGCCAGCAGUGAUGACUAAUUCAUCCUCUACUUCCCUCAAGGUUGAGGCCAAAAAGGGUGAGUGGCUACCAGGCUUGGCAUCUCCAGCUUACCUUAAUGGAAGUCUUCCUGGUGACAAUGGAUUUGAUCCAUUGGGACUAGCUGAGGACCCAGAGAACCUUAAAUGGUUUGUCCAAGCAGAGUUGGUUAAUGGUCGUUGGGCAAUGUUGGGUGUGGCUGGAAUGCUCUUGCCAGAAGUGUUCACCAGUAUUGGUAUCCUCAAUGUUCCUAAAUGGUAUGACGCUGGAAAAGAAGAGUACUUUGCUUCUUCGUCCACCCUUUUCGUGAUCGAGUUCAUUUUGUUCCACUAUGUUGAGAUCAGAAGGUGGCAAGACAUCAAGAACCCAGGAAGUGUCAACCAAGAUCCCAUCUUUAAGCAAUACAGCUUACCCCCCAAUGAGUGUGGAUACCCUGGUGGCAUCUUCAACCCCCUCAACUUUGCUCCAACUGAAGAAGCCAAGGAGAAGGAGCUUGCCAAUGGGAGAUUGGCUAUGUUAGCAUUCUUGGGAUUCAUUGUUCAGCACAACGUGACUGGAAAAGGACCAUUUGACAAUCUCUUGCAGCACCUGUCCGACCCAUGGCACAACACCAUUGUCCAAACACUAGGUGGCAACUAAGAUCAAUCUAAGAUGGAUUUGACCAGAACCUGUUUCAUUUGUUUUGUAAGAGUGAAUGAAUGUUUUUGUGGUGAGACUUGGGCCUUAAUGUAGACAAGGAUUUUAACUGUUGUACAGGGGGACUUAAAUGGCAUCAUUAUUAUUGUUAGUAUUA